CCGGAUACCCAAUCGCAGACUUACGCGAACGCCAUGUUAACACGUGAAAAAGCCAAUAUGUUGCGAGAAUUUACAAUUAUCUUUACCUUAUGUGCCUUUUAAUGCCUGUUCGUGUCUAGGAGUGCUCGUAGAUAAGAAGAAAGGGGGAAAAAAGGUUAAUUCGCCAGCACAAUGGAGUCGACAGAGGUUAUCAACGGUGUUCAUAAAGAGGAUACACUUCUCGACAACAGACCUCCCUCAGUUGAAGAAAACAGCAACAUGAACAACAACGACGACAACAAGCCUUCACCCGAUCCGGAGCAGAGUGCCAAUGGAGGAGAAACUCAGCCGUUAUCCAAAAGACAGCAGAAGAAGCUUUUGAGAAGACAGAAGUGGAACGACACAAAAGUGGAGAGAAGAAAGAGGGAGCGGGAGAAGCUGAAAAAGAGAUUGGUGGAGAAGAGGGCGGCCGGAGAGCCCUGCGGCAACAUCAGGAAGAAGUUGAAGCAGAUGACCAUGGCGAGUAGUUCGUGUAAACAGCGGGUUGUUGUAGACAUGUCCUUUGAUGACCUCAUGAUUGAGAAGCAUUUGUCUCAGUGCGUUAAACAAGUUAGCCGUUGUUAUAGUGCCAACCGGAGAGUCAGUAGCCCUAUGCAACUCUAUGUUACAAGCUUUGAGGGGAAAUGUGCAGAGGUCAUGUCCAAACAGAAUGGCUACGAACACUGGGAUGUGUACUUUAAAAAGGAGAAUUAUAUGGAUCUUUUCCCCAAAGAAGACAUAAUAUACCUCACAAGUGAAUCAAGGAAUGUGAUUACGUCAGUGGAUGAAAACAAAGUGUAUGUCAUUGGAGGCUUGGUGGACCACAAUGUGCAUAAAGGGUUGUGUCUAAGAUUGGCUGAAGAGAAAGGUAUUGCUCACGGGAGGCUUCCAAUAGACGAAUUCAUUGAGAUGAAGACGAGAAAAGUCUUGACCAUCGAUCACGUGUUCCGCAUUAUACUAGGAGUCACGGAAGGGGGUUCGUGGAAGGAAUCUUUCCUGAAGACUAUCCCGGCAAGGAAGGGGGCAGUCGGCAAGGAUGAGGAAAAUGACUGUGAAGAUUCCGAAUUGGAAAAGGAUGCGACUAACAAUUCAGACGACAAGAGCGAAGACAACCCUUCAGAGAGCAGAGAGCCUGUAUGCGAAGGUGAUCCCGAGAAGAGCUGAUACUGAUUAGCUUAGGCUGUUUAUUGUUACUGGAAUUAUAUUUUAUGCUUCUUCUCUUUGUUGUUUUUAUUCUCUUUUUAAAUUAAAUUCACAUCAGGUUUAUAUGUAAACCUUGUAAUCACCUGGAAUUUAUGACUUAUCAGAUUGAUGAGAAUAUUAAAUGGGUGUUUGUGAGCUGUGACAAAAAUCCCAUGCGUUGGGUAUUUUUAUUAUAUGUAAUUUUAGCUCAAAGCAAAGUAAGAAGAAAAUUUGAAGAAAGUUUAUCACUUUUAGUCCAAGCACACAUAGGCCUAUAUGCCAUGAUAAAACUGUAUCAGAAAUCCAAUAAUUAUAUAAAGGAUUAAAGAAU